ACGGGUGCACCGGGAGGGGCGAGGCAGGGCGUCCUCUCACAGGGGCUGGCAGCACCUGCCCUCUCUCUGUGCUUCUGCCAAUGAAAAGGCCAUGCCUUAAGCCUGCUGCACUCCGGAGCCUGUGAGAGGAUCUCACUUCGACACAGGCACUGGCUAUUAGCAAACUGCAGGACAGAGAGGCAGACGGCCACUGUGAGCUGGUGGACACCGUUGGCUGGGAUCUCAGCAGUUGGUACUGCCGUCUUCUUGCAUUGUGGUGAGACCUUGCAAAAUCAAGUGUUUUAAAUGUCAGAGGGUCUUCCAAGAAUGAGCAGUGAAGCAAGUGGUCACUGGAUGAAAUGUUCUGGAAAUAAGUGAAUCACAGCCAUGAAGAAAAUCAAUGUGGUGAAUCUUGACAAACUUUUGGAUAACUUCUCAGAGAUAGAAAAGAAAAUUUCAGAAAUUAAUGAAGCAAACAAACUAUUAGCUCUUCAGCUGGAAAAAUCUAACAGGUUGUUAACAUUAAGCCAAUCAAGGGAGGAAUCAGUAAAAGUAGAAUGCACUACUCUACGGAAUGUGAUAAAGGGUCUUACACAAACUCUUGAAAACCAGUGUAACAUAAAAGAUGAAAAUGACAGACUGAAGGCAAACAUUCAUGUCUUGGAAGAUAAAUUAAAGGCUUCUGAACAGGAGUAUAAAGAUCAGAUUGAGAAACUCACAAUAGAAAUUCAAAACAAAGAGGAAGACCACAAAUUAGAAAUAGCACAGUUGAACUGCAACAUGAGAAAAAAAGCUGAAGCAAAAGAGAUGGAGUAUAAGGAACAGAUAGAGAAAAAGGAGCUGGAAAUAUUAGAGCUAACCAGACAGCUGAAAACUCAAGAUGAAGAGAAACAGAAUGAAAUAAUUAAACUGCAGAUAGAGUUCAGUGCUAAAUUGGCAAGAGUUCAGAACAAAACAACAAAAUCAUUUUCAGAUGCUUCUGUUCUGCCACAAAGUAUCUAUCGAAGGGUAAGUGCUCCAAUAACUCCUAAUCGGUGAAUACUCAAGUAUUGUUACAGCCCAUUCUAAACAGCGGGGCUUUUUUGGCUGUUACUGUGUUUCAUUUGCAAGAAAACUUUAUUUAGCAAAAGAACUUCCAUAACUUACAGGGUCUAGUCAAUGUAUCUCUUCAACACACCUCUCCCACCUCUAGAUGGCCAAUUCCGUGUCCUUUUGCAGUGAUGUUGGUACAGACAACGUUCAGCUUAACACCUUUGACAUGAAUAACAACAGAAGAUCACACGUGAAGUGGUUUUAGUACAGAACUGUUAACUUUGAAAUUUGAGAUAGAAAUAACAUCAGUGAUAAAUUUUGCAUGCAUUUAUAUCUUUGUGGAUUGGGGACUUUGUAAUGCCACAGAAAUAGAGUCUGGGGGGGAUUUCAUCUCUUUUAAUACUGUGAUAAAAGAUACCAAGAAAAAGGCAUUCUUAAAAUAUUUCUUGUUGGCAAUAGCAUAUUGUAUUGAUAUGCAUAGUCCCACCUGGCAAUUAUGAACAAAAGUUUUACUUGCAUUUUUACAGAAACUACAGCACCUCCAGGAGGAGAAAAAUAAGGAAAUUGAGAUCCUCCGAAACACCAUAAGAGACUUAGAGCAACGUCUUAAUAAAGGCCAAGAUUUGCACUUGAAACAGAGGCGGUUUUGAGUAAAUAGCAUGAAGCAUUUCAGUAGAAUAUAUGAGAAACAGUAUAUUUCAAACUACGCACUUGAAAGUAAAAACAAAAUACGGAGACAUGCUGAACAUUUUUUAUUGAAAAGUCUCUUGUCAAAUAUUCCAAAGCCAUGCAUUUUGUUUAUAUUCAGUACUACUUUCUUGCUCAUCAGCAUUCACCACAAAAAGAUUCAGUUUUCAUAGGAGUAAUAAUUUCCCUAUUCAAUCAUCAUUAAUUAUGGUGCAUGCUUUCAAAGCAGCUUUCCUUUCUGGAAUCCUCUGCUCAUCCAGGAAUUAUCUGAACAAAAGAAUUUUUACUUCAACACAGUUAAUCAAAAUUAGAAAAUGUUAAGCUACAUACAAAGAAAUUAUAAAAAUGUCAGUGGUAUAUUGCCUUACUAAUCAAUACAGACUACAGAUAACAAAUUCCAUACUGUCAUAAGCAAAGAAAAGUAUUAAGCAAAGGCUGAGUUUGUCCUGUCUCUUUCUUGAUAGAGGCACUGAUUCCGCACAGAAAGCUGUUAAUAUUGCUUCUCACUUCAGGCAUGAACUUACUGAUUGAGUGGGGUUUGACAAACUGUAGUAGGGUGCAUCAGUGGAACCUGGCACUAUAUUUAACCCACAAAAGUUAAGUAUAUGAUCUGUUAUUUUAAAACAUUGCAGUUACUGUUGUAUCUUACAUUUAAGAUAAAAAGUUAUUUUGGUCCACUGUUUAGCAAUAAGCUUUGCUUGUACAUAAUUUGUAUACCUACUUUAGAAAAAAAACUUUUGAAUAUAUCCCCUCUUAAUUAAAAAAAAAAAAAAAAAGAUUAAGAUAUCUCUUUUGCUUAUCUUCUGUUCUUGAUUGCAAAAAAUCAAACAGGAGCCCCUAGGUCAUAGUUUAUGCUCCUGUCCUCACAAAUGCAAGCAGAACAUUAGAAGAGAAA